UUUUUUUUUCUCAUUGGAAUAUUGAAUCAGGGAAAGUGCAUUAUUUUGUGGUUGAAAAUCAAAAUUUGUGUAUAAAAUAUAAAUUUUAGAUAAGAUUUCUUAAAAUUGAGUAAAGAUGACAGACGAAUGGCAAACCCAAAAAUUUCGCCAAAGUGUUGUGGCGAAAAUAAAUGAAUUAAUUCCUAAAAGUACAAUUAUGGAUCCAUGCAACGGAGAUGCAACUGUGAUGGAAAACCAUAUUUUCAAAAAAGCUAAGAAUCGAGAAGAAUAUCUUAGUUUACUUGCGAAACUUUUUAUCCAUUAUCGUGAAAUUAAUAAAGGAAGACAGCAAGCUGGAAAUGCUCAAGUUCCAAAUGAUAUGGGUGCCAGUACUAAUAAUGUUGUUCAAGAACCAUUAAACGCACUGCAAAAUUUAGCAAUGCAGGGAAGUAGGAAUCCACAGUUAGUGCAACAAAUGAAUCAAGGUCAAAAUCCUAUGGGGGGCAAUUCAAUGGUUGGAACUGCUUCCAAUUUGCUUCAAACACUUACGCAGCCUCGACAAAAUGCACAAAAUCAAAAUGUUUCUGCUAUGCGUGGACAAAUGUUAAACGCACCAAUGAAUGUUGGUGCUAUGAACAAUAACUUAUCUAAUUUUAAUCCGUCUAUUGGUAUGAAUAAUAUGGUUGUAAACAGCAAUUCUCAAGGGCAAGCCAUUGGUGGCAAUAUUAUGCCAAAUCAAGUUCAAAUGCCAAAUAUGCCACAAAAUCAGUCAAUGAAUAUGCAAAACAAUAUGCCAAAUCAAAUGACUAUGGGAAUGAACCACACUCAACUCAAUCAAAUGAUAAAUAGAAUGAACAAUCAAGGAUUAGGCCAAAAUCAAAUGCCACAAAAUAUUGGAAACAUGAAUCAGCUUGAAGGUCCAAACAUAAUGAACUCAGCUCAGGGUAUGAGUCAAGCUAUCCAGAGACCUGCUGGACAAACAAUGAUAAAUAAUAGCAACCCGGCCAUGUUCCAAGGAAAUCGACCAGUUGGGCAAUAUUUGCGUCAAAGUCCCAGUCCUACAGUGUCUUCACCGGCAGCUGCAGCAAUUAAUACUCCUCAGCAAAUGCAAUCAAACUCGCAAAUGAUACCCAGUCCAGCAUUAGUACCAACAUCAAGUCCGCAAAUGGCAAAUAUUUUAGCCACUCAAAGAAAUCUCCGACAGUCUCCUAGUGGACCGCUAAAUACGCCGGGACAAAUUACUAAUUCCAGUCCUUUUAACCCCCAAGAAGAUCAGCUAUAUAGAGAAAAAUAUAAACAGUUAACAAAAUAUAUUGAACCUCUUAAAAGAAUGGUAGCGAAAAUCGGAAACGAUGAUGUGGAAAAAAUAACUAAAAUGAAUAAAUUGUUAGAGAUUUUAUGUAAUCCUCAACAGCGAAUCCCCCUUGAAACUCUGUUAAAAUGUGAAAAAGCAUUAGAAAAAAUGGAUUUCAAGUCGUAUCCAAUGCAAGUAGGUUAUCAGUUCGGUAGCAACAAUGCUUUAUUAGAAGCAGUUAAUUCAACUCUACAAAACUCAAUUGGUAAUCACACUUUACAAAGAACCUUUCGUCCUUGUCUUGAAGCUCUAUUUGGUUCAGAUAUUAAAUCAUUUCCAUCAUCAAAACAAUACAGCGGAAAAUUAAAGGAAAAUAAUAUAACUACUUCAGAAAUACCACAUGUUCUUCAAGGAGAAAUUGCCCGGUUAGAUCAAAAAUUCAAGUUAUCACUUGAUUCAUCAUGUCAGAGUCAUAGUAAGAUUAUCAAAUUGAUAUGUUGCAUUGAUGAUACGAAAUUACCAUGUGUUCCACCAUUACUUGUAAGUAUUCCCGAAGAAUACCCAAUGGUAUCACCAAGUUGCUCUUUAACUAAUCAUGAAUAUCCUGCAACACCAUUUUUAUUGGCGGUGCAAAAUACAUUAGUUACCAGAAUAUCAAAAUUACCUAAGGUUUAUUCUUUGUCUCAUUUACUUGAUACUUGGGAAAUGUCUAUUAGGCAUGCCUGUACUCCAAAAAACUUAGCUUCUAUUGAAAAUGUGUACUGUAUUUAAAUAUUGAUUUUUGGAGUGAUCGUGAAAUACUUGCAGUAUAAAACAAAAAUAUUUAAAAAUAUUUCAAAAUAAAUACAUGAAUAAAUUUAAAUGACAAAUUAUACAUUGGUUUGAAUAGCCUGCGAAGAUAAAUAUAAAAUAAUUAUUUAACAUGUUUUAGUUAAUAUAUGAUGUAUUUUAAUCAAUAAAA